AUGGCUUCUUCAAAAGGACAAACCUCUGAACAAACUCAAAUCUCUAAUACUCCGGUAGUGAAAACAGAACCUUCAGAGUUAUUAGUUGUCGUAAAAACCGAAGAAAAUAUAACCCCUACAGCCUCAUCUAGUUCUGCACCCGAUAUAGGAAUGACAGAAUCAUUAUCGGACGAAGAUACGAAAAUCCCACUUACUCCGGAUCAGAUUGAGGAAGAAAAGAAAAAAAUAUUGAGACAAGUAGAAUAUUAUUUUAGUGAUAUGAAUUUGCCAAAGGAUAGAUUUUUAAAUGAAGUAAGAUCAAAGAACCCCAAAGGAUGGAUUCCAUUGAAAAUGAUCUGCAAGUUCAAAAAAAUGCAAGUCUACAAAGAUUAUAACUUGAUCGUUGAAACAUUAAGAGAAUCACCAAAUUUGCUUGAGGUUGAUGAGAAAGGGGAACACGUCAGACGAAAGACUCCCGUCAUGAUUGACAUCCCACAACAUAUCAAAGAUUCUACAAUUUGGAGAUCGAUUUACGUGAAAGGUUUUAAUAAAGAAGAGAUCGAUUCUAACUAUGAGAAAGAAGUUGCAUCGUUCUUUUCACAAUUUAGUAAAGUUGAAAAAUCUUUUGCGAGAAGAAAAGAUGAUGGCACUUACAAGGAUUCUUUUUUUGUCCAAUUCGUCUCACAUGAAGAGGCAAAGAAAGUAUCGGAAAUGAUUUUAUCAUAUAAGGAUGCAAAGCUUCAUAUUAUGAUGAAAUUUGAUUACUGUGAAAUGAAAUGCAUUGAGAAGGGCCUUGAUCCCAACACCAUGCGAUUACAGAAACCUACAGUCAAGAAAGAGAAGCGUCCUCAUACUAAAAUGGCCUCUGGUUGUUUGCUACAUUUCGAAGGUGCUGGUCCAAAUUCAACUUACUCGACCAUUCGGACGCAAAUGCAUAAUGAUUUUGGUGAAGUUAUAUUUGUACAAUACGAUCCACAAACUUUAUCCGGGGUUAUCCAAUUUGAAAAACCUAUUGCCCAUGAAGUUAUCGAGUCUCCUUCAUUUGAAAAAUUGAGAUUUGAUAAUGUUCAACCUAAACUCAGAGUUCUCAAAGAUGAAGAAGAAAAAGAAUAUUAUCGGAAAAAAAGGAGUGAUAGAAUCGAAAGAGUCAAACAAGGCAAUGCACUUAAAGCUGAAUAUGGUAUUAUUCCAGAGGAGAAAAACAAAAAUACCACCAACAACACAACCAACCAAAACGCCCGAGGUAAAAAAGGACGCCGAUUUAAUCAUCGAAAAAACGGCCGAAAUACAGAAAAAAGAUCUACUGAAUCCAAUGAUCAAAAAAGAAAGUCCGAUGGGGAUGAUAAGGAUGCUGCAGUUGAUGAUCAGUCUCCAACCAAAAAAUUGCGAGCCAGUGAUCCAGUCGCUCAAGAUAUUCCUGAUAUUCUCCCAUCAAUUUCAUCAUCAUCAUCAGCUUCUGGAGUAAAACGUAAGUCCACCGACGCCAACAGUCCUGAUUUACCCGAAGAAGAACGACCAAAAACUCCCAAAUUGGAACCUAUUGAAUGA